UGACAUAUUUGUAAAAUGGUUCAAUCAAGAGAUAAUUUUGGCUAAGCGGAGUCUGCGGUGAAAAUAUAAAAACAUCGAAAUGUCUUCAACAGCAAAUUCAUUUAACGGUAGGUUUUGAAAUGAGAUGACAGGGAUACUAACCAGCUAGGCCAGACAAGAUUGAAAUUCAGCAACCAUCAUGGCGGAGGAUAUUGACCGAUUUAUCCAAGAGCAGAAGAGGCAGCUGGCACGAGAACGCAAUGAAUUGCAGCAGGAGAGUGCUCGGAAGGUCCUUGAACCAGCAUCUUCUAACAACCCAGGACCUGGCAUUAAUGGAUUCAAGGAAAACAUUCCCCCAAGUGACAAAGGUGUUGCUUUGGAAACAAGCAAAGCGCUGCCCGUAGGUAGCCAUGACAACCUGAGGAACAAGCUGGCGAAAGAGCGACACGAUGAGUACCAGAGGUUUCUAGAGGAGAAGGAGAAACGGUCUGGUACCCGAUCCCAGCCCCAGGCCGCGGUAGAUGGAGGGUCCUUAAACAUCCCAAGCAGGGAUUCAGCCAAGGAUCGGUCGAGAGUGGCUCGUAACAAGGAAUAUAAUGAAUUCCUGAAGAAUAAAGGCGGCAGUACUUCACGCAAGCCCAGAGUUGGCAACGACGAAUUAUCACCGGGAAUUACCCAUAGAGGAGCCGCUAUCAACCCAAUCACCGGCGAUCCGGUAGCCGCGGCCAAACCCUCCCCACCCGCCCAGCCCAACAGCCAUCCCCCCUCUGAUCUAAGAGCAGCAGCCCCGCCCCAAGACAGAUUCGCAGACAUACAGACGCGACGGGAGGCAGCCUCACAGACCCCACGGCCCAUACUGAGGGACUACGAUGACAGACCCCCUCCCGGACCCCCAGGGGGACCUCGGAGGGGGUGGGGCACUCCCAACCCCGACUAUGAUGAAAUCUUGAGAAGAAAGCGAGAGGAGGAGGCCAGAUACAGACGGUAUGAUGAUGAUUUAGAUUACUACCAACCUCGUGGAGGAAUACGACCCUCCUACAGCGAUCCACAUCUCAACAGAUACCCCCCUGAGGAUGGGAGGUAUUCCAGAGCCAGAAAUGACUAUUAUGACCAGGAAUAUGACAGAAGGAGAGUGAGAUUCAGCGAUGAACGUAACCCAAACGACAGGGGUUAUCCACCUCCUAGCAACGUACGUUAUGACAGACCCCCUGCAAACAGAGCCCCCGGGGAUGGCAGGGAUGUGCUGAGUGAACCCUUAGCAUAUGACUGGAAUAUAAGCCGCGGUGGACGCAGUCGUACUUUGCCCGAAAUGGAAAGGCAAAGGUCUAACGUUAGCAGAGCUGACGAUAACACUGACAGCAGACCACCCCGAGCCAAGUCAGCUACACUAUCCAAUGAUGAAGUAGGCAUAGCUAUAGGAAAUCGGGAUACAGCCAGCGCUACAAGGCGAAAGAAGGAUCAAUAUCGGAAGGAACUGGAGCAACAAAUGAAGGAAGCACAAGAGGCGAAGAAGAGAGAGAAGCAAGAGGGAUUACGCAUCAAUGCAACGGGUGCCAAUGAUCCGGCCAAAAAGGCUCAAGGUUUCGGUGGCUACGCGUCAUCCCGCGGCCCCUCAAGAACACCGGUGCCCAACCAACAACCACCUGCCCAGGCACCCCCACCUCAGCAGCAAGCUGGCAACCAGCCAGCGCGCUACCAGCCUUCAUUCCGCAACCAGGCUUACCCAACUGGGCAAGGGCCGCCCGGGCCUGCCCUGGGUUUGGAGGAGGCUAUUUCCAGGUCGCGGCUCGGUGAUGCUCCCAUGAUCGAAAGGCCAUUCUCUCUGAACACCUACCAACCGCCGCUCAACGCCACCUCCACCGACCCAUACAUGUACUAUGGCGUGAGGAAUCCCUUGGACCCUGAUCCUGAUAAUAUCAGAACAGCUCGCACUUGGAUCGAUUCUAUGUCCCGCUCCCUUAGCCGAACUGGCGGAGCCAUUGUAGGCAAAGAUGGAGACACAUUUUCUGCCUUCAUGACUGAUGUAGAAAUUGCAGAGGCCAACCUGGUGAACCAGGGGGUCCCCAGACAGCCACAAACCCCUCGCCAGCAGCCGGCAGGUGUCUUGACACGAUAUGAUGGACAUCAAGUACAGCAGCCCCUCACUCCACGGCAAGGAAGACGACAGACCCAGAAUGCUUCUCAAUUGUCAUCACCGUUUGCAACCAAUGAGGAGCUUGAAAACCCUCCCCCAGUACAGAAUACCAUCACAGGACGACGGACGCCAAGACAACACAAUCAGCCCAAGACAGUCCUCAAACCACCCACAAUUACUGGUGUGAUAAGUGGUGGAGCUGGCCCACAACAAGCUAAAGGAAAAGUCAGCUUUACACUUCCAGAUCCCUCGGAGUUACCGCAUCGCGGCUAUGAUCAACUCACCCAAGCCACCAGGCAGUUUCAACAAACCUACAACCGAGCUGCCAAAGCUGGUGUGCCAGUGAAUAAUGCCCCGCAAGAAAACCUUUCUCUCCUUAAUGCCUCCAAGACUGCUCAGAUACGCGGCGAGAGCUCCAUCAAGAAUUUUGUCGGGGACACCACUUUGAGCCCAAGAAGCUUGAACGACCCCAAAUCCUACCAGGCUAUUCUUAAACAACAGAUGGAGGAGAAGGAAAGAAAGAAACGAAUCGAGAAAGAAGAACAGGAGCGCUACGAUGCUAAGUUGGAGGCCCAGGCAGCAGAAUAUAAUCCUUGGGGGAAAGGUGGGGGUGGGGCUCCCAUGAGGGAUAAUAAGGGCAAGAUAGUUGCCGAUCUUCGUCAGUUGCACCAACACAACGAGCAAGCCUUGAAUGACCCAGCCAGCACCCAGCUACAACUAUACGCUGAUCAACCACUGGCAGGAAACACCACCACUACUGCUGCUGCUGUAACAGCAGACAGAUCUCCACGGCCUGGUGCCACUGAACCACAGCCAGUCACCUCAGCAUCCAAAGAUCCAAAGGAUGAAUAUAAAGAAUACCUCAAACAACAGGUGGAGGACAAGAAGAGGCGAGAGGCUGCCUUGAAGGAGAAGAUACGAUUGGAAGAGGAGAAGGAGGAGCGACGUCUUGAGCAGCAGAGGAUAAAGAUGCAGAGAGACUUUGAGGUGGAGCAACAACGGAUGAAAGACAAAGAAGAGGAGAAAGUAAGACAGGCCCAAGAACUGGAGAGAAAAAUUGAAGAGCAGAAGAAAGAAGCAGAGAAGAAGAAACAUGACGUGAUUGAAGCAAGGAGACGGGAAGGAGAGGAGGACAGGCGCAAACAGGAACAGGCUAAGAAUGAGCAGAAGGAACGAUAUUCACCACCCAUUCCUGCACUCCGAAACAAAGAGAACCAGAAUCCACCGAGGCAAAGCUCGCCACCAAUCCCAACCCUCCGGAAGAAAAAAGAGGAAGAAAAAAAGGAUUCACCAAGAGCAGCAAACAAAAUUCACGGAACACCUCGCCAGCCACCAGGAUCUCAGAGAGAGAUGGAUGCUAGACCUAUCAAGCCAGCCAAAGCUGAUAUAUACAACAGACCAUACUCAAAGGAGAAACCAUCAGCCCUGGAUAAUCCCAAAACUAAGGAUAGUCCCCAAACUAGGGAUAAUCCCAAUGCUAAUCCCAAUUCCAAUGACAACAUCUCCUCCCCCUGGAAUGAGCUCUCCCCUUCCCAGACUCCCCCACAGGAAGAACUGAAACGGGAGAAGGAAAAUCCUCUGGGAAAUUUAUGGGAAUAUUCCCAAGGUCCCACUGGAAAAACCUCGGAGGAGAGGGCCCGGAUUUUCCCUGACAAAGAAAUCCCGGAAAAGCACGCCCAGCUGGAAGCCCUGGACAAAUUCCGGUUGCCGCCGGAAUCUCCCUCGAAAUCCCCUCUCCCGCGGGUAAUUUCCAAGGAAAACGCAGCCCUGAGUCCCAUGGAAAAGCUGCACACACACAAAUUGAGAGAAGGGGAUGAGGCUGGUGAUGGAAGACAGGGGAAAGAUGUUCAGGAAUCACAAGGAAAACCUCUGGAAAAUCCCGGAAAAUCUACUGAGUUUGAUUUGGUAGACUGGCUCCGCUCUGUCGACCCUGACCUGGUUGUAUAUGCUCCUGCUUUGGCCGAGAACGGGUACAAGACCGAAAAGACGGUGCGUCGUAUGAGCCGGCAUACCCUCUUGCAGUUUUGUCCGGAUAUGAAACACGGACACGUGGAGGCUUUGCUGCAUGAAGUCGAUCGCAUUCAGACUCCAGCCACGAAAAAGCUUCUGGAAGAGGACAGAAUAAGGAACAAUCGUGGUUCUUGGAGUGAGCAUGCUAAGGUUUUGGCUCCGAACCCGAGACAAAAGGAACCGAAAAAUAAACCUAGAAUUGAGAGUCCACCUGGGGAUACUUUCACUGAUUUUCUCAUUGAUGUCUCCAAGGAACCUGGACCAGUUAAACAGAAUUGGCAGUCUGAUAUGUAUAAGAAGGCAGUCAAUAUAGCAGAGGAGCACUUGCUACAUGUCCAACAGGAACAAGAAGGCACUUCGAAAGAUGGUCCAGACGGGGCAGGUCGCGACCCCCGUGAUGUCAUGACGGCGUUAUCAGCUAUGCGUCGUCAACUGCACAGCGAGCAGCGACGUAUUCAGAGCCAGUUAGACCGAAACAAGGAGCAUGAUCCAUAUUCCGGUCAUAAGCUCAGCUCUCGUCGGGCCAGUCCUCAGGUUGAUGUCUUUGAAGUCGCUCGUCACAAGGCACCGGUUGCCGUCCGACGGGAGCCGUUGACUCAUCACGCCGCUGCAGCUGAAUUCUCAAGUCUGAAAAACAGAGAGUCUAACUCCAGACUGAGAUUGCGGGAGCAGUUCCCAGACCAGCCCAGCUCGGACCUGACCCUGGAGGCUCAACAGAGGGCGCUGUUGCGACACCAGCAAGAGAAAUUGGACAAUCUGAGGAGAGGAGCCAAGAGCAAGAGACCUUUGGAAGAGCAGAUGCCAAGCAUGGAUCUCAGAGAUCUAGGCAGGAAUGACUCUCCUCUCCUUGCCUUGGAAUCAGAGAGUGCCUUCAUCGGAAUCAACAACGGCGUCGCUGAUAUUCCCAACACUCCCCCUCACAGGAAGAAGCCCCCAUCCCCACGCCGAGACUACGGCGAACCGUCAACGUCAGUGGCUAAGCCCAAGGACCCUCUGGGAUCGACGAUGAGUUUUGAUAAUGACACUAUCGACUACCUCGCUCAGAAAAACAAAGACAGAAACAAGGCGCUUAGACAGCUAGAGGAUAACACCUCUCUAGUUGAUCCGGAUGAUGUGUUGCAAAGGUUCAUGAUGAGGGAUUCACAUGACAGACCCAAAUCAGGCAAGAGUGAAGAUCUGAGCUUAUGGCUGCAGCCGACUGUCAGUGACUACUGAGGUAAUAGAAGGGAACAAUGCUACCACACAGGGCGAAAAUGCAGUCUGCAAGAUCUAGGUCACACGCUGUCCCUGCAGUGCCCUUGCAUACCGCCCUCUAGCGGUGACGCGCAUGGGAUUUGUUGUAUGCCAUUGAAUCAAUCUGAAUGCACUUUUUCAAUGGGUUUUACCCUCCACUGAUGUCAUUUUCAGGCAUGAGAUUUGUUAGACUGUUGUCUGAAAUCAGACUUUUUGAAUCUGAGAGAAAGACAUUAUCAGUAUUCAUGUAUAAAGAAAUCUUUCAGACUUUUCAUCCAGUUUUCAGACUAUUUUUUAAAUUGAUAAUCUCACCCCUGCAUUUUAUAAUCACUGAAUAAACAGUGUCAUUUGAGAGCUUUCCAGAAAAAGUAUACACAAGCAUACUCGGGUGGGACUCAAACCCACGACCUCCUGCUUACUUGCGCAGGUGUCUUUCCACUCCACGUUUGCCUUGGUUGACUUGCUGAUUUAAAUAAUAAUGUAAUGGCGCUUUGAUAUUAGUGAAAAUCGCUAUAAAUAUACCAAAAUUUGUGGGGGUUGGAUAAGGUAAAAUUGAGGUUAGGCGAAAUCAACUUUGGAAAAACAAUUGUGCACAAGUACAUGGGAAUGUCUCCCGAGUGACCCAUUAUCGGUACAAAUUUAUUAUUAUUAUUAAAUUCAUGUGUGCAGGUAUUACAAUGAAUGAAUGAAAUUUUGCAUUUCAAAAUUUCAUUGGUGAAGGACAGAACCCAAUGUAUGUAUACCAUUUGAAUUUGUCUUAAUUUCAUGACAUGGACUGAUUUAAGGGCUAGUAAUUUCUAGCAGAAAUUUUGGUGAGCUGUUUCGUGUUCAUUGAUGAUGGAAAAACAAGAAGAAAAACCUGUUUGUUUUCAAGCGUCAAAGUGUAGCUCACUGAAUCUGUCAUGCAAAAAAAACCACACAACGGCACAUGAGCAUGUCUGAGUGCAGGCUGUAGGGAAGCAAAUUUAUACAUGUACCUAGCAAACCCGAGCUGGCCGAGCAUACACAAUGUUUUUUUUCACAGUGAUAGUUUGGUUCGAACCAUUGUUAGGACUGAUACAAAAUUCCUGUGUCCUUGACAAUGACAGUAUACCUUGCGCUACUAAUUCACAGGUGUCUUGAGACUAACUAUUUAGUCUCAAUCAAGCAAGCUAUAUCAUAAUAUUUUUGGCAGUUUCGUUUUAGAAUGUUUGCAAAUGGCAUAAUUUACCUUAAAACUUUACAUUUCUAGUACAAAAUUCCAUCGAUGGAGUUUAGUCAGAUUGACAUAUAUAUGGGCAAGUCAAGCGUCACGGACAUUAAAUAUCUGACCUCGUUUGGUAAUUUAAAUAAACCUUAAAGUGUAUUUUUCGAAUCUUACCUAUCCAUCAUCUAGUAUAAAUGCUCAACGACCUUACAGACUAGGAGUUUUGCAUUAUUUCUCUUAAUUAAUCUUAAGCAAACAGAUAGCACAGUUAAUUUGCUCUGUCACGGACAUUGCAUUUUCCGCCACAAUAAUGGAAUUGCCUAUUGAGUUAUUUAUACUCUGUAGCUUUUUUUUCUUAUAUUUGUACCACUUCUUGUUUGUAUCUCUGUUUUUAUCAUUCUGUCUCUUUUGAAGGUAGAGUGCAGGGUUUCC